AAAAGAACCAAACCCUAAGAUUCAAAGUGGGACAUUAUACAAAUUAACAAAAUACCAAAAAUUGCCCCAUGGUUUCAAUAUAUAAUCAAUCAACCCCUCUUCUUCUUCAAAUCCUCCACUAUUUCCCCAUCUUUCUUCCUUGCAUAACUUAGAAGCCCUCCCGAGUACAACCCCCAAUGCAAGGUGUACAUCUCACAGAACAAGAGCUCUCCACCCUCCAACCCAUCAUCCAAAGGUACCACCAACCCAUGCAGCCCCAGCCCACCUCGGCCAACACUUGCACCUCCCUCAUAGUACAACGCAUCGAAGCACCACCCGCCGCCGUAUGGCCAUUCGUACGCGCCUUCAGCUCCCCUCAGACGUACAAACACUUCAUCAAGAGCUGCCAAGUGGUGGAGGGCGACGGCGCCUCCAUCGGCAGCAGGCGGUGCUUGACGGUGGUGUCGGGCUUGCCGGCGACGACGAGCAUAGAGAAGCUAGAGAUUUUGGACGAUGAAAAUCGUGUUUUGAGCUUCAGGGUUGUGGGGGGUGAGCACAGGUUGAAGGAUUAUCAGUCGGUAACCUCGGUUAAUGAGGUGAUUAGUGAAGUUAAUAAGGUUUACAGUGUGGUUUUGGAGUCUUACGUUGUUGAAAUACCUGAGGGCAAUACGUCGGAGGACACGAAGUUGUUUGUUGAUACUAUUGUGAAGUUGAACCUUCAAAAACUUAGGGAUGUGGCCAUGGCUUCUUUGCAUGGUAACUGUGUGGAGUUUGCUUCUUUGAGAAUCUUUGAUUAAUGUCCGAAAAUAUGGAUCGAAUUUUCUAGUGCAAAGUCUAUUUUAUCUUCUACUUUAUUCAAUAUAGACAUCAUAUAAGUGUAUAAAAUUUUUUACUCUGA